ACCCGAUACGGAAACUUCCGUUCAGUGCGUCACUGGAAACUCGCGGGAACCUUUUCCGUGUGCACUGUGGAAAGAUUCCCGGUAGAUCUACGUUUGCAAUUUAACCCUUUCCCGCCCUUCCGUCAACAGAAACUAUUUCAGAAGAGCUGGUUUAGUGCGAGUAGUAUUCCUGGUGAAUAUCUGGCCUGGGUUCUAGGUUCCCCAGUGAGUGUGUGGGCCUGAGUUCUA